CGACACCUUAUAAGGAUUCGUUCAAAAUGAACGAAUCGUUCACGAACGACACAUCGGGGCAGGCAGUCAAGAGCUCUGCGUUGCCAUUUCCUAGCUAACAACACAGCAACCUAGUAAUCACUUUUCUAAAUUGCUCAAAGAUUUAAAAAGUUUUCACAAAAUGGCAGAGUCACCUUUGUCGGGAGUAAAUGUGGUUCUUGUCAUGGCCUACGGUAGCUUGGUGUUUGUAUUAUUGUUCAUCUUUGUCAAGAGGCAGAUCAUGCGUUUUGCAAUGAGGUCUCGUAGAGGACCCCAUGCCCCUAUUGGACACAACGCCCCUAAGGGUCUGCGGGAGAACAUAGAUUCUCGCCUGUCUAAGGUCCAUGAUAUUCGUUUCGAACCUCGGCUCCUCUCAGAACAAGAUGAUAGACUCAAGCCUGGCACCCAGCUUAAUUGCUUCAACUACCUGUACAGAAUGAAGGCCCUGGAUGCUAUUCGUGAAUCGGGUAUCCCGCUGCAGGAGAUGAGUCGAAACCCAAAUGCUUUGACUGGACGCAGCUUCCUGAACUGGCUGCUGGAGCUGCGGAACUCCCAUUCGUUAAUUAAGAGCAGCCGCAGCACCCUUAUAGACAACCUGUUGGAGGGCUAUGACAGUGCCCGCCACGGGACCGGGGUUUUUGGGGAAGCAGAGUUUCUGAAAUACCAGGAGGCUCUUAAUGAACUGGCUGAUGUUGUGAAAGCCUACUCCAGCACCACUAGUCUGGACCAGCACCACCAGUCUGCAGCUAAAGAUCUGACGUGCUCCCCAACGCGUGGCACUCCCUCCACCAUCCAGGUGACCUACCUGCCGUCCACCGGCCAACGAAGCAAGAGGCCCAAGCAUUUCCUGGAGCUCAAAAGCUUCAAAGACAAUUACAAUACCCUGGAGAGCACCCUUUGAGACUUCCUCACAGAAUGGGUUGGACUUGACGAGCAGCCUGACCAAUAUUCAUGUUAAAUUUUACUACAGAAUGCAUUGUUUUAAAUUGCAACACAGUCAUCCACAAACAAUAUUACUGUGUAGAGUGCAUUGCUGGUUCAUUGCAACAUUUGUCUCCAUGAGUUAAAAAGGUCAUUUUCCUAUGACAAAACACAGUGCUUCUGGACAGUCAUUAUAUGGCAGUUAUCAUUGUCAAUGUUUCUUGAACAUGCUUCUGUCUGUCCACAGUACAAUCUAAUGUUAACAAAAAUGUUUUUGUACAAAUUAAUGUAUUUAUAACAUUUCAUAAUGUAUUACUUUGUUGUAAAUUGUAUUUGUGUUGAUGUUCUUGUGGGGGGGGAAAUUAAUUCCAAUGUGCUUAAUUUUUCCACUAGGUGGCAGCUGCAGUAUAAGCAGCUAUAAUACAAGCUAGCAAGUGUUGUAGAAUUUGCUAUGCACAACAAAAACAGACAACAGUCUUUUAUAUAUAUCUUUUUUUAAAUAAAAUAAUUUUAAACAAAGUCAACCAUGAAAGAAUAAUAACAAUAAAUGUAGUUCACCACUACACUAUUACCUAUCAAAGAGGGACAUAUUUCACAUUAAGUACACAUACAGUAUAUAGUGUGUUGUAGUUGAAACCAGGAUUGACUAAUAGGCAGAAAAUAAUAUCUCACAGUCCGAAUGAACAGUUGAUAGCAUACCUGAUCACUGGUUGUAACAGAGUGGAUCUUUAAAUCCAUAGCCUUGUAUGAUGAGGGAAACUUUAAGCCACUUAAAUAUUGAUGAGUAUUGACUCAUGAGUAUUGACACUUCAACUAGCAAACCUAUCACUGCAUUGAUUUAAGGAAAGCAAAGAAAACAGGACAACAUUUGUAAAUGUUCAAUUUAGAAGUACCCCUUAAAAGACAUACUCAAACUACUGAAACUUAGUGUUCCUACAACUCCUCUACAGUAUACAACACUAGUAGGUUGACUGAGUAUUUGCACUGCACAUUUAGCAUAUGGACUCAACAGGCAACAUUUUCACACUGACCGAAUUUCAUGCUUUAAAACAUUAUUCUGGGAGGGGGUAACAUAUGCAUAUAUUUAAAUUUGUGAGUUGGAAUACGGAGUUGUUUGUCCAGGUCAAGACUGCUUGUGUGUUUGUAUCACUUUUUUAUUUAUAUCUCUCACGCCGACUACUCAGGACUUAAUCUCAAUUACUUUGAUGAAGGGAAGAGACUUGUUGGCAACGGUGGUUGGUGUGAG